GCUUCUAUCACGGGGUCCGACACGCUUCUCGACUUUUGUCCGCAACUGACCAUGGUAGCCAACGCGAUGGGCUAUCUGCCGCAUCGGAUUCGAUGUCGGACUCUUUAAAGCAAUGCUAGCAGACAAUGGUUCGCCUAAAAGCGCCGAUAAACUCGCCGAAAUGACAGGCCUCGAACCAAAACUCAUGUCGCGCUGGAUGAAGCAUCUGUAUACAGCGGGCUUCGUUAGCGAGACAGGCCCGGAUGAGUACGCACCAAACGGCAUUAGCACUGCCCUUGCGACCCGUAUCGCAGGAGGAAUGACGAAGAACUGCUACGACUUCAUGAACCAUGUCCAUGCGCGCUUCCCAGAGUACAUGAAAAACACAGGCUACAAGAAUCCCACCGACAAAGACGCAUCACCCUUCAAGUACGGCAUGGGCACGGACCUGCACUAUUGGGAAUGGAUCAGCCAGCCCGGCAUGGAGGAAAAGCUCGACGACUUCAAGGCGCACAUGGAAUUCAAGACGCUGGGAAAGAAGUGGUUCCAAUCCGUCGACGUGCCGCAGAUCUUCGACCACCCCACCGAUCCCUCCGCAACCCUCAUGAUAGACAUCGGCGGCAGCUUCGGCCACGACAUCAUCGACUUCCACAAGGCCUUCCCCGACAUGCCCGGCAAACUCGUCCUCCAAGAACUCCCCGCCACUAUCAACACCCUCCCCUCAGACUUCCCUUCACAGGACAUCGAAGCUCAAGCUUACGACUUCUUCACGCCCCAGCCCAUCAAGAACGCCAAAGUCUACUACCUCCACAUGAUCCUGCAUGAUUGGCCUGACGAAUCCUGUCGCAAGAUCUUGUCCAGCAUCAUCCCGGCUAUGAAAAAGGGGCACAGCAAGAUCCUGCUCAAUGAGAUAGUCAUCCCGGAUACGAAUGCGUCAUGGUUCUCGACGAGCGUGGACAUGCUUAUGCUGUUGUGUCACUCCGCGCAGGAGAGGACGGAGAGCGAUUGGAGAAAGCUGCUGGGGAGCGUGGGCUUGCAGAUCAGCAAGAUUUGGGACUGCGAGGGGAAUCCGGAGAAGAUUAUUGAGGUGGAGCUUGUGUAGGGAUGUUUCUUUUGGGGACGUUGAUUUUUUGGGAG